AUGGCGAGCACUCUACUGUCCGUACAACACUUCCUUCCCACCCAAAGUAAGCUUAAUUGCGUGCAAUUUCGUCAGAUUGAUCGCUGGAGGGAAAAGAUUGGUUACUUGAGUGCUUUCAGAUCUUCAAUUUGUGGCCAUGUUGUGCGCAAUCCAAGUUUCUAUGGGAGACUGAUAGCUCGAAGCCAUGGAAACCGUCUUGUUGUUCAGUCACUGCUUGGAAGGAAGGUGAGGUCCGUGAGGAACAGAGAGACUGUGAUUCCUGAACCAGAUUACAGGAUUUCAAUUGUGCUACUCGGUGGUUACUGA